CUGCGUUUAAGGAACAUUCAAUCAGUCAAGUUCAUACAAUUGUACUAAGCUAACAAAAUGAAAGCCACUUUCACCAUUGCCGCGGUGCUUUGCGCCUACUUGUUGGUCCAAUCGGCUGUAGCAUUGCCUUUGUCUUCUGAAUCGGGAGAAGCCGCUCAACAACCACAAGAACUUGGACAUAAGAAGAAGCUGCCCCCAAUUGUCAUUGAUACUAAGAUGAAGGCUGAAGCCCACAUUAAAGUACCUGAGGAAGUUGCUGAAGCUCUCGCCACAUUGUUCAUCAAGUUGCAACAAGAACACAAGGACAAGCAACAACAAAAACCAGCUGAUAAGCCAGCAAAAGGUGAGAGCGAUGAGCCAUCAAAGGUAGAGCAACCAGCCCAAGACGACGAUUUAUUAUUAUUGGAUGCCAAGCCAGUUCAAGGUGAUGAACCAGCCAAAGUUGAGGAACCAUCAAAGGUUGAACAACCAGCCGAUAGUGAGGAACCAUCAAAGGUAGAGCAGCCAGCCGAUAGUGAGGAACCAUCAAAGGUUGAGCAGCCAGCCCAAGACGACGAUUUAUUAUUAUUGGAUGCUAAGCCAGCUCAAGGUGAUGAGCCAGCCAAAGUUGAGGAACCAUCAAAGGUUGAACAGCCAGCCGAUAGUGAAGAACCAUUAAAGGUUGAACAGCCAGCCAAAGUUGAGGAACCAACAAAGGUAGAGCAGCCAGCCGAUAGUGAGGAACCAUCAAAGGUUGAGCAGCCAGCCCAAGCUGAACAGCCAGCUGAAAAACCAGCUGACAACGAACUAUUGUUGUAAAUUAACAGCGUCGUCCAGCUGAAAUCAAAAUAACUGCACAACCGAAAUAUAAAAUGUGGAUCUCUAAGGGAAACCAAAAAAUAUAUUUUAAGAAUUUGUGUAGAGAUUUUGAAAUAAAAAUUAAAUAUUGCAAAUUA